CGGCUUUCUCGUCUCCUCCAGCCGGGAAGUGUAGUUCGCCUCUGCUUCAGCGCUCAUCGUCUCUCUGAAUCCGCUCUUCGGCUCCCCUUCAGAGAUAACCCGUAGCUCUCUCUCUCUCUCUCUCGUCGGACUGUACGAUGGCGAACAAGACCAUAAACCUCAACGAGCAGAUGCCGCUGGAGGAAGAGAACGAGAUCCCCACGAAAACCCUAGAUUCGGCCGUUCCAGCCUCGGUCCAGCCCGAUGACCAGCCUCCGAAUGGUUCCGGUCAGCCACCACCCCCUGCUGCUGAUAAUCCAGCUGCGGAUGGCACCAAGGAGAGCGGAGAAGCAAAGAGCUCCUCCACCGUGGCUAAGGUGGCCCCUCAGGCAGGGAACGACGCCGCCCCCGCCGAUGACGUCCAGAAGAAGAUCCGCCGGGCUGAGCGGUUUGGCAUGCCGGUUCAGUUGUCCGAGGCAGAGAAGCGCAGUUCUCGCGCUGAAAGGUUUGGUACUGGUGCUGGCCUGAAUAAAUCUGAUGUUUUGAGCAAAUCAGAGGAAUUGAAGAGAAAGGCCAGAGCAGAGAGGUUUGGCACCUUGACAACCUCUGCUGAUGCUGCUGAUGAAGAGGUGAAAAAGAAAGCUCGACUUGCCCGGUUUGCAUCUGGUUCUGCAAAAACCGAUCCUGAGGAGGAAGACAAAAGGAAAGCCAGAGCGAUCAGGUUUUCAAAUCCAUCACCAAGCACCUUGUCCCAGGUGAAUGGUAAGGAAGCUAUUGCAGGAAAGACCACCGGGGGAUCCUAAGGAGCUUCUUCUCCUCCAGUUUUCCCUUUUUCAUUUAUUUAACUAAUGCAGUAAUCUAGAUUAGUUGGAUUAGCCAACAAGGUAGAUAGUGUCAUAUAUUUCCAGAUCCGGCUGUCACAUUCAGGACACAUUUCAGCAGGGCGUUGAAGGAGGCUUUGAUUGCAUUGGAGACGUCUUCUAUUUGAUGCAUCCACCUCCGCACCUUACCUCAUGAGUCUUGGAGAUAAACAACCCAUCCACAGCGAUAGCUUAUCUCCUUUUCUACUGAAAUUUGAUUGCAAAAUCCAAUUAUCACCUAGGAGCGUUUUAAUUGAGUUGCCUUAGAAUAAUGAAUUGCUUCUAGGUUGACAGCUCUUCAUUUAGUCUAUUGCAUUCUCAUUUUCCGGCAGCCCUCUAUUCUGGCACAUGAGAAGAUAUUGCUUCCUGAAGCUUUGGGAUUCACCAUUGGUUGCAUGCAUCAUCAUAUCUUGCAUAUUGCUCUUGCAUUUUGAUGUUAAGUAAUACUUGAGCACAUGAGGCUUUUUUGGGCUGGGCUACUUUCAGGUUAGCAUCUGAAAUUGGUUUUAGAUGUGUUUUAACCUUUAUUAAUAUAUGGUUUUCAUUAAGCCAGGUUAUACAGAUCAACUAGAAGUUGUUAAUUGGGUUUUGAAAUCACUUUAUUUUGCAUAAUUGACCAUUGCUGCAUUCAGAUGCAUGCAUUGUUGGAUUAUGAUCACUUACGGAUACUGCAGUCGUGUGAAUAACUUGCAUCGAUAAUGCAUGAUAGUCCUUAUGUAGAUGAAUGCAGUAAGGGUCGGUAGGUUGCAUUUGAUAAUUCUUCCAAUAUUGCUUCCAUGGAAGUCAGUUGGCAUCAUUACCCCUGGAGAAAUGGAUGAUGAUCUUCCAUAUUGGAUUCUGCUGCGGAUAAAUGCUAUUUUUACAUGAUAAUUCGAUGGGGGAAAAUGAGAAGGACUCAAGAAGUUUCUUGUCCAUUCGAGUCUUAUCAUCUCUUAUGCCUGAAGUGGGUCUCAGGAAACUGAAUGAAGAGCUUGUCGUUAAGUCUUUUGGGAAAUAGUUACACAGAAUCAAAAAAAUUUUUAAUACAGAGUCUACCUCUUGAAAUUUCUAGGUCCUUUUCUCGGUAUUGGAGAUAAGCUAUUUCAUGGAGUUGUUUAUCUGCAGGUCUCAUGUGGUGAUGUUCAACCAGUCAGGUAGGUUUCUGAGCUACAGAUUGAGAAGAUUCUUGUGCCUUGUAUUGCAUGCUAUCGAACAGAACUUGGAUUGUGACUUUGGUCCUGUUUUGUACUGAACGGAGGUGUUUGAUGUAUUUCACAGACUGAUGUACACUGCUUAUAGUUUGGUAUUGCGAUAUUAUAUUACUUCAUCGUCUUUUCCUGGUUA